CUCAACCACUUGGUAGCCAUGUUCGCCACUAUUCUAACGUUAAUUCUGGUUCUGAGUGGUUGGAUCGAGCCGGGAAUCGCCAAACAACUUUUGCGAAACAUUGAAACGUUCGAUUUCGAAACCAACGAAAUCGAUGAACGCAGCAGCAGUGAAUCGGGUCGAUCAAAUCGGACCCAGGAAAGAAUUAAUCUCACCCUACCAGGUACGAAAUGGUGUGGACCUGGCAACACUGCCGAAGGCUACGAGGAUCUCGGAAAACACGAAGAUGAAGACAAGUGCUGCCGAGAUCACGAUCAUUGCGACAACAUACCGGCCGGAGAGACGAAACAUGACCUCAAGAAUGACGAUUAUUUUACCAGACUGCAUUGCAAGUGUGAUCGGGACUUUCAGCAGUGUUUGAAAAACAUCAACUCAACCCUGUCGAACCGUUUGGGUGGAUUCUACUUUGCCGUGCGGGAUAAGUGCUACAAGAAACAGUUUCCCAUUGUUGAUUGUGGUGAAUCGAAGAACAUGUUGUUUUUAAGACGAUGCGUUCGAUAUGUUCUCGAUAGCUCCAAGGAACGGACAUGGCAGUGGUUCGAUUUGCCCUUCUACAAUGAUAACAUGCUGAACGAUUUCUAUGACUAGGAAACAGUAGUGCAAUUUGAGUGAACCAAGUG